AAAGAAAGCACGCCUUUUAAAUCUUAUUUUGAACAAAUUAAUUUGUACUACGUACAACUUGUUGGGGUGUACAGACUAGAGAGUAUACAAUUAUAAAUCUGUGAUCUAAACUAAAAUACAUUUGCUAUUACUAAAAUCCAUUUGUGAUUACUAAAAUGAUCUUAACAAACAGGAAUUCACAAAGAGGAAUCCCAAAAAGUAUUAAUCAUUCAGAAAUUGUCCAGAAUAGAAAUAAAUAUAUUUUUAAAUUUUAAAAUAGGGCUUUCGUGUUUUCAUUCCCUAAAUAUGAGUAAUUCCAACUAAGUUUGAAAAAACUACCAUGUUUAAAACGUGAUAAUGUUAAACUUCGCAUAAGUUAGUCUUAUUUAGGUAAUAAAAACCUGUUAGUUUUAUUUUAAAAUUUCAAAAAAAAAUACUUAGGAAUUUUACCGAUCAUUUUCACCUUAAUAUAACAAAUGAUUAAUGCGUAGUAUGAUUAAUGCCAUCCCUCUUCAUCUUAACAUCACAAUUGCUGGAAUCUCCGGCAGCUUGCGGGGGCGUGGUAUCGGAGUGGAAUCUUCAUGCCCCGAUCCAGCUGCACGAAUAUACUACGUAGUAUAUCGUUCCAGAAUUCCCAGAACACUGGAUUGGAUCAAGAUUCCAAAGAAAAUGCCGGCCGUAGGAGAUCAUAAGGGGCCCACAGGGCAUCCAAAGGGCAGGGUCUGCUCGCAUCCAACCUCACCCAUGGCUUCCCUUUCCCACUCCAAUGCAAGAGGCUCACCGGACCGGGAUGCAGAUCUCUGCACAGUCCCCGGAAGUUGUCCCCUCCAAGGCCGUGCUGAUUCCAUCGGUGAUCCACCGGCGCUAUUUCCCCGGCGAAGACCAGCAAGAACGGCGGCAGAGACCCCAGCUCGUAUAUCCGCAUCCUCUUCUGCAACUCCAUCCAUUCUUCGAUCUUGGUCGUGAACUCCCCCCUUCUCCACCGGUCAAGAUCGAUCACCAUCACGCCGGUGUUGAAGUAGCAGGGUCUCCGAUCGGAAAAAGCCGAGGAAAGCGAUGGGUUUGACCAGAAAGUCGGGGUGAAGUACGCCGUGAAAUUCGCGUUGCAGUACUCUGGCGCGGCGAGUACUCUGUUUUCACCGAGCGGCGUGGCGGCGAGCUUGGCGAUGUCGUCAACGACGACAAGGUCGGAGUCGAGGUACACCACUUUCCCGACGCAGAGCGGCAGUAUUUGCGCCAAAUAGCUCCUAGCGUAGUUCAGGGGGCAGUCCAGGGCGGAGCGGAUGGAGGUGGAGAUCAAUCCGGCGACGAACGAGUCGUCGAACCGGUAAACUCUGAACCGGAGGUACGGGAACGACGCGACAAUGGUGGCGCGUAGGAGCUGCGCGUCGGCGGAGGCGGAGGUCACGAAGUGGAAGUCGACGCUCUGGGGACAGGAAGAGUGUUGAAGGAUGGAGAGAACGGCCGCCAUUGAUCCGCGGAUGUAGGCGGCGUCAAGGGUCAUCGCCACGUGGACGGCGGCGUCGCCGGAGCAUAUGUAGUCGUCACUGUCAUCCAAAAUGGAGUGGCAUUCCGGUGAGUUAUAAUACUCCGGUGCUUCCCGAAAUCUGCCCGACAUCGUAGGCGGGGACGGAAUAAAAACACCAGCAACCAAUGGCGGAGAGAAGAAUACGAGGAAGAAGAAGAGCAAUUCUUGAAUCGCCGGCCUGCCGCCGUUCUUCAUGUGGCCGGUGAAGCUCAAUUAAUUAGCCUAGCCAGGUUAGUUUAAAUG